CUCCCUGUCUAUAGGGGGCAGUCUACCUCAAAGCUGGGCUUGGCUUGCCUCUCGUCGGACACCAUUACCCGGCGUACCGUCAGAAAGAGGCGCCGCAUUGUCACGUUUUGUCCGGUGUGGCGGCACAGAUGGCGACUACAAAGGUUCCCGAGGUUCGUGACAUCACACGGAUUGAGAGAAUCGGAGCACACUCUCACAUUCGUGGCCUUGGUUUGGAUGAUGCUUUGGAGCCAAGACAGGUGUCUCAGGGGAUGGUUGGCCAGCUGGCCUCCCGUCGUGCUGCAGGAGUCAUUCUGGAGAUGAUCAAAGAUGGCCACAUCGCUGGCAGAGCAGUUCUGAUCGCUGGCCAACCUGGCACAGGAAAGACUGCCAUCGCUAUGGGCAUCGCCCAGUCUCUUGGCCCUGAUACACCUUUCACAGCGCUGGCCGGUAGUGAGAUCUUCUCCCUGGAGAUGAGCAAGACCGAGGCGCUCAGCCAAGCUUUUAGGAAAGCCAUCGGAGUGAGGAUCAAAGAAGAGACGGAGAUUAUUGAAGGAGAGGUGGUUGAAAUCCAGAUCGAUAGACCAGCCACUGGAACGGGUGCCAAAGUGGGCAAGCUGACUCUGAAGACUACUGAGAUGGAGACAGUAUAUGACUUGGGCAACAAGAUGAUCGACAGUCUCAGUAAAGAGAAGGUUCAAGCAGGGGAUGUUAUUACAAUUGACAAAGCCACUGGAAAGAUCAGUAAGCUGGGCCGCUCCUUCACCAGAGCCAGGGACUACGAUGCCAUGGGAGCUCAGACACAGUUUGUACAGUGUCCGGAGGGAGAGCUGCAGAAGAGGAAGGAGGUGGUCCACACGGUGUCCCUACACGAGAUUGACGUCAUCAACAGCCGCACACAAGGCUUCCUGGCUCUCUUCUCCGGAGACACCGGAGAGAUCAAGUCUGAAGUCCGCGAGCAGAUUAACGCCAAAGUGUGUGAGUGGAGAGAAGAAGGCAAGGCCGAGAUCAUUCCUGGGGUGUUAUUUAUCGAUGAGGUCCAUAUGCUGGACAUGGAGUGCUUUUCCUUCCUGAAUCGUGCUCUGGAGAGUGACUUGUCCCCAGUUCUCAUUAUGGCCACAAACAGAGGCAUUACUCGUAUCCGCGGCACAAACUACCAGAGUCCUCACGGCAUCCCCAUCGACCUCCUGGAUCGCCUGCUCAUCAUCGCUACCUCCCCAUAUACCGAAAAAGAGACGAGGCAGAUCCUCAAGAUCAGAUGUGAGGAGGAGGAUGUCGAGCUGAGUGAAGAGGCUCACACCGUCCUGACUCGCAUCGGCAUGGAGACGUCGCUGCGCUACGCCAUCCAGCUGAUCAGCACUGCUGGGCUGGUGUGUCGCAAACGCAAGGGGACAGAGGUUCAGGUGGAGGACAUCAAAAGGGUUUACUCUCUGUUCCUGGAUGAAGCCAGAUCCUCUCAGUACAUGAAGGAGUAUCAGGACUCCUUCCUCUUUAAUGAAACACAAUCGGGUCAGAUGGACACCUCGUAAUGAAAACGACCGCUCCGUUUUCUUACUCUGAAGUUUUUAUGUCAUCGAUCGUCCUCUGGAGAGUUGGAGUCGAUUCAGAACUGGAUUUUACUUCAGCAUUCUGUUACUUUGAAGAUAAAAUUCAAAUGUAUAAAAUUAAAUUUCCCUACAUUUUUCUUCUCCGUUCAUCUUUUAUUUCUACAUUGAUUGACUUCAAAAGUAUUUCCCGAAAUGUGACUUAAUUCUGAAUUUGGCACAAUUCUGUUCAUCGUCGAGGCCUUGCGGCAGGAAUAUCCAUUCCUUUAGUGUUUUCUGUUUUUGUUGUUGUUACUUAUCUUUACAUGGUUUAUUUUUAUGAAAAUGAUUAAACAGGCAUUUCUCUAAACA